AUGUCAGGUAUUGAGAAUGGAAGUGAUGAUUUGGUCACUUCAAUUUCAGCUGGUACUGUAGCUGCCAUGUACCAGACAACAAUUGCCCAUCCAUUUGAGUUUCUGAAGACUGGAUUGCAAUUACAGAGAUCUGUACCUGGCGCAACACCUUUUAGCUAUAUGUACAAAAAUAAAAUAUAUUUUAGAGGUCUGUCUGCAUUGAAUGUUAGCAUUUUAUUCAAGACCACCGCAAGGUUCACGAUGUUUUCUUCUAUGUAUGAGCUGCUCAAAGAUCCAGAACAUUUGCCAGAGAAGCCAUUGUCUGGUCUCAGGUUAUUAGCUGCAGGUGCCUCAACAGGGUUCGUCGAAUCCCUAGUAAUCAUCCCAUUUGAAAAUCUAAAGACAACUAUGAUUGAGAAUUCUAUUAUUGUUUCCAAAAGACAAGAGCAAGCAAAGUUAGAAAAGUCUAGGAAGGAUAUCUCAGCAAAUAACACUCCAACCAGGACCAAGUUUCAUAAGGGAUCUUCUAAUGCUGUACGCAUGAGUGCAAGAGAGCAAGCUUACAUGUUUUAUGAAAAGAACCCUUCUGAAACAUUUAUUGGAACAAUAAGGGAAAUCUAUAAAGUUAGGGGCAUACGUGGAUACUUUCAAGGUUCUAUGCCUACAAUACUAAGACAAGUGGGUAAUUCGAUGGUAAGAUUCACUACCUAUACCACGUUAAAACAGAUUAUAGUACCAACAAGGCAUGUAGAUCAAUAUACUGCUUUUAUUUUGGGUUUUGUUUCAUCUGCUGCUGUGGUGGGCUUUACACAACCAAUUGAUGUAAUUAAAACAAGAAUGCAAAGUAAAUAUGCAUGGAAGUAUUAUAAAAAUUCAAUAAAUUGUGCAUAUCGAAUUUUUGUUGAAGAAGGCAUGAGAGUAUUCUGGAAAGGAUGGUUACCAAGAUUAUUCAAAGUAGGAAUCUCAGGAGGUGUCUCUUUUGGGAUUUAUCAAUAUACAGAAAAUAUCAUUAACACAAUGAGAGCUGAAGGGUAUCUACCAGCACCAAAAUUUGACUAA